CCAGUGUGAGCUGGGGUUUUUAUAUUUCCUCGACUGAGAGAUGUUGCUAUUGACGUGCAUUGGAGCUUUGCUCAUUAUCUGCAUCACACAUUGGGUUAACAAAUGGAGAAAUCCUAGAUGUAAUGGUAAACUUCCACCAGGUUCAAUGGGGUUCCCACUUGUUGGCCAGACCCUUCAGUUCUUCAGCCCCAAUGCCACUUUCGAUAUUCCUCUCUUUGUCAAAGACAGGAUGAACAGGUAUGGGCCGAUAUUCAAAACCAACCUAGUGGGGCGACCGGUGAUUGUGUCGACUGAUCCGGAUCUCAAUCAUUUUGUCUUCCAGCAAGAGGGACAACUGUUUCAGAGUUGGUAUCCUGAUACAUUCACAGAGAUAUUUGGACGUCAGAACGUGGGUUCCUUGCAUGGUUUCAUGUACAAGUACCUGAAGAAUAUGGUUCUUAAUCUCUUUGGUCCUGAAAGCCUCAAAAAGAUGUUACCUGAAGUUGAGAACACAGCUUGCACAAGGUUACAGCGUUGGUCAAGCCAAGAAACUGUGGAAUUAAAAGACGCAACUGCUAGUAUGAUAUUUGAUCUGACAGCCAAAAAGCUAAUAAGUUAUGACCAAGACAGUUCCUCGGAAAAUCUGAGGGGGAAUUUUGUUGCAUUCAUACAGGGACUAAUCUCAUUUCCGUUGGAUAUUCCUGGAACAGCUUAUCACAAAUGUUUACAGGGAAGAAAAAAUGCAAUGAAAAUGCUGAAGGACUUGCUAAAUGACAGGCGGUCUAUGCCCAGGAAACAGCAAAGUGAUUUUUUCGAUUUCGUCCUUGAAGAACUUCAGAAAGAGGGAACAAUACUCACAGAGGCAAUUGCUCUGGAUUUGAUGUUCGUGCUACUAUUUGCCAGCUUUGAAACAACGUCCCUAGCUCUAACUUUAGCUGUUAAAUUCCUUUCUGACAAUCCUUCAGUGCUGAACAAAUUAACAGAUGAGCAUGAGGCAAUUCUACGAAACCGAGAAAAUACCAACUCUGGACUUACAUGGAAAGAAUACAAGUCGAUGACAUAUACCUUCCAGUUCAUCAAUGAAACAGUUAGACUGGCAAAUAUAGUUCCAGGAAUCUUCAGAAAAACACUAAGGGAAAUCCAGUUCAAAGAAUUCGAUAAUAAUGCAGGAUAUACUAUUCCAGAAGGUUGGGCAGUAAUGGUCUGUCCCCCAGCUGUGCACCUCAAUCCAGCAAAAUACCAAGAUCCCCUCGUCUUCAAUCCAUCAAGAUGGGAGGGAACAGAAAUACAUGGAGCUUCAAGGAAUUUCAUGGCAUUUGGUGGUGGCAUGAGAUUUUGUGUCGGAACAGACUUCACUAAAGUACAGAUGACCGUCUUCCUCCAUUGCCUGGUUACAAAAUACAAGUGGGAAGCAAUCAAAGGAGGAAAUAUACUCCGAACCCCAGGUUUACAAUUUCCAGAUGGAUUUCACGUUCAGCUCAUGGAGAAAACUAGAAUGGAGUAACUUCACCAACACAAGGCAUAAAACAAUGUUAAGCAA